GGCGCCGUUGCCGGGGAAUUGAUUUAACUAAUCUAUUUUUCUUUCAUGACCAGGUCUGGACGCAAAGAUACUCUACUUUACGAUCCAGAAAUUGAGCGUACAACAAAACAAUUAAGAAAGCAAGCCAAUCCGAGGAACCAAGCCUCAAAGCCAUCCUCAUCAACAGCUACUGUCCAAACGGCACCUGUUGAAGCUACUGCUGUCCAAAAGACAGCCAUAAACACUGCUGCACAACACACUUUUGCUGAAGAAAAUUCUGCAGCACAUACUGUCAGAAAUCCAGAAAUUGCUACUGAAACACCUACUGUACCUGCUGUCCAAGCUGCAGAAAAUAAAGACAGCAACUGCUGUCAGAUUGCUGAAAUCAUUGCUGUCCGCAAGACAGCACCUGCCGAAGCACAGCUUGCAUCCCCUGCUGCUGUCCAAAAAUCAGCGCCUGCUGAAACACACACGGCUGAACUAGCCAAGCCUACUGCAGAAGGACAGCACUUGCUGAAUCUGUCCAAACAGAACCGGAGGUUGUUGUACCAACAAAACCAGCAACACACAUUGCUGAAACAGAAACAGCCACUGCAGAACCAGCCCUUGCAAACACUGUUGUACCUACUGCACAAGUCACUGCUGCAACCGGAUAAAACACUGUUGAACCAACUGCUGAAACUGUCACAGAACCAGCCAUUGAAUCUAUCGUUGUACCUGCUGAAUUUGUCACAAGAACCAGCUGCAGAACCUGCUGAAUUUACUGCACAGUCUGCUGCAGAGGUGACAAAUUGAUCCACAACUGAUAUACAAGCUGCCUGCACCAGAACCAGCUGCUGUCCUUGCUGAAUUUGAAGCAGAAAAUGUUAAGGUGAGAGCUCCAAUGGCACAAGAAAGGAUUCUUCGCGAACUAGCAACACCUGUGGGUGAUCAAGUACGAUGGUGCAUCACUUACCCACCUUUGACAGCCCCUUUUGAGCUUAAAACUGGAUUGAUUCACCAACUUUCGAAAUUCAGAGGUUUGGAAAAUGAAAAUCCAUACAAGCACCUAAAAGAAUUUCACAUUGUGUGCUCAACACUGAGGCCUCAAGGUAUUUCUGAAGAGCAUGUUAAAUUAAGAGUCCUUCCCUUUUCUCUUGAUGAUUUUGCCAAAGAUUGAUUGUUCUAUUUACCACCCGGAUCCAUCACUUCUUGGGAUGGGAUGGUGAGAGCCUUCUUGAGCGAAUACUUUCCAACCUCAAAAGUUAUUGGCAUCAAAAGUGAGAUCAGUUGGAUCAAGCAAAAAGAUUAUGAAGAGCUAUAUGAAUAUUGUGAAAGAUUCAAUCGAUUGUGCACAAGCUGCCCUCAACAUAAUAUCUCUGAUAAAUCCCUUGUUGAACAUUUCUAUGAAGGCUUGCUACCUUCAAAAAGGAGAUUAAUCAAUGUAGCAUGUGGAGGAUCAAUCGGGAACAAGACACCUCAGGCCAUAAGAGACAUAAUCUUCACCAUGGCAGGAUCCUCAAAACAAUAUGGAGAUCAAAGCAAACUGCCAAUGAGAAUUAAUGAGGUAAGUACAUCUUCCUUAGCCUCACAAAUUUCUGAUUUAACUUCUGUUGUUCGUAGUUUGUUUGUAGGUCAGACUCAACAAAUUCAUUAAGAACAGCAAGUCGAUGCCAAUGGAGGAUUUAAUAGACAACAGAGGUACAAUCCCUACUCUGACACCUACGAUCUAGAUUGGAGGGAGCACCCGAAUUUCAAUUAUGCUAAGGCAAAUCAAUAUCAAAAUCCAGCCCAAGCAACACCUCAAGAAUCUAGUGUGCCCCUUGAAGAGAUAAUAAAAUCUUUAGCAAAUACAACGCAAAACCUUCAAGAGCAAAUAAGUUAAAUGGCUAUUUCCGUGAGCAAGCUAGAAUCUCAAGGGAAAUUACCUUCUCAAAUAGAGAUUAAUCUAAAGCAAAAUGUUAGUGCCAUCACAUUGAGAAGUGGGAGAGAGCUUCAAAAUGACCAAGCUGAAGAAUGGACUGCACAAUUGCAUGAACAGGAUGCUAAAGAAAAUAUGCCAGAAAGUGAACCAGAAAAUUUGUUUGCCCAAACAACAGGCCAAAUAGACAGGCAGACUGCACAGCAAGGCGGAAACUGUUUGCCUAAAUAGACAGGUAACACAAACAGAAAGCUGUCUGCCCAAACAAACUGCAGAGGGAAAACAGCCAGACAGUAGUUUGCCCAAACUAGUUCAACAGGCAGCCCAAACUGCAGAACAAGGCAGAAUUCAAUUGGCCAAGAAUCAGUACCAGAUUGCAGCCACUUAUGGAGAAAUAUGAAAAGAAGUUUGAAGUGCUGCCCAAUCACCUCAAAAAUGCAAACAUAAGGGCUAGAGGCACACCUCACUUGAAAGAGGAGAAACUAAUCAUGUUACUUUAUGAGUACAUAAAAGAAAUAGGAUGAGUUAUGACCAAAACAAAAGGUGUGGUGCAUUUAUUACUUAAUUCAGUCGGGACCCUUUUUCCUCCCCCAAUUACUUGAGCCUUUAUCAAGUCAAGAAAGUCCAGCCCGCGACUUUAAACCAGGGCGCUACUGGGAGGCAACCCAAUGGAGACAUGCCCAAUCAAGGAAGACUUCCCAGAAGAAUAUCUGUUCACCUCUCAGCUAGCUUAGUAAUUAAUUUCAUGUUAAAAAAAAAAAAAACACAGAGAUAUGUAACUGUUUGCCCAAACAGCAUGGGCAAACAGGCCAGAGAUACAGAAACUAGAUGAGUUAACCCACUUCCAGGUUUCAGCUGUUUUGCAGGUAAAAGCUGGAUGGCCAAACUGUUUGCCCAAACACACUGGGCAAACAGCAGAGACAAAACAGAACAACCCUCGGCGGACGGACAGCGCGCAGCACACCGGUUCGACCAGCCUGUUUGCCCGUUCAACUAGGCAAACACCAGGCCCGUGCGGGAUAAGACUUCCAGACCGCACCACAGAUCACUGUUCGACCAAGUUGUUUGCCCACACAGAUUGGGCAAACAACCAAGGCAAAGAAAAUCAACAAGAGGAAAAUAAACAGGGCAGUACUUUUUCCAUUUGAACUCAGUGUUUUAUUCUUUCCUCUACACUUCAACACUUCUUCUCCUUCUCAAAACUUCUCUCUCGCACAAGCUCAGAGCGACAAGAUUAUUGUUGCACAAGGGGCAGCAUAUCAGCAAAGCAGCCCAGCGCGCAGCAGGCAUAUCAGUAGGCCUACCAGCUAACAGCAGUCCACCGUUCAGCACCUGCUGCCACCUGCAUGCAAAAACAGCUAGUCUAAGCCAGCUGUUUGCUCAAACAGCCUGGGCAAACAACCACACCAGGGGAGUAAUCCGUUUUUCACUUAAGCUUUAAUUUUUCCAUACAUUGAGGACAAUGCAUGAUUUAGGUGUGGGGGUGCAUGUAUCUGAAUUUUGAUGCUUCAUGCAUUCUUUUUUAUUUCUUUUAGGUCCAUUUAGGUUUUAAUUUUUAAU